AUGGGUGUGGUCACAGCCUUCAUGGCUGGCGAGGGAGAGCCUUCGUACGAACAAUUCUCCCAUCUGUACAGUGUUACGAAGUUGAAGUCUGCCGACCACGGGGGUUGGGUUCAGGCUAACUGCCUGAAGGCUACCGAGCGCGGCCAUUUUGUCAGUGCCGUGCCAACCUCCCAGAAGACGUGGAGGAAACAGCGGGUGCUUCUGUCCGGUGACUGGGAGUCGCCCUCGGGACAUCCCGUCCGUUUCCACAUCCCCACUACCUUCCAAAUUGCCGUGACCGAAGAGAGGAGAACUGCCGAGGCGAAGAGGAUGAACGAGUCCUCCAAGCGACGCCUGAUGCUCGGCAUGCAGGGGAAGAAGAAAAAAGGGCGGCAGCCGGAAACAGCACCAGCGUCUUCGGGAGGAGUUGACCCCGAGGACCUAACCCUCAAUGAGCGUCGUCGUCAGAUGAACGCUGAAUUAGCGCAUGCCGAAGCGGCUUCUGUCGGUUCUUCUCCCAGUCGAGGUAUGCCUACUGAGGGUACCUCCUCCAAAGCUGCCGGCAAAAGGCCAUUCACGGUCGAUCUGGAGGCCAAUCCCGCUCCAAAGCACGGGCGACAGGCCGAGCCUGCUAGGGCCAUCUUUGCUGCCGAGGACGACGAGGCGCCUGCCGAAGCUGUCACUCUGGCUUGUCCAUCGAAAACGGUCCAGUUUGUGAACCACAUGAUUCUUGGUUCACAAAUGGAGCUUUCCGAGAUCGAGGACCUGCCGAAGAAGCUCCUUCAGGAGGAGGUUGGCCGCGCCUUCCGUCUUCAAGCUUCGGCUUCAAUAGACAUGUGGCUGUGUGUCAAGUGA